AUGUAUUCUGUCUCUCUCACUCUCACGACACUCUCACUCACUCUCACGACACUCUCCCGACACACUCUCUCUCUCUCCCGACACACUCUCUCUCUCUCCCCCAACACUCUCUCUCUCUCUCCCCCGACACUCUCACUCUCUCGCACGACACUUUCUCUCUCUCUCUCACGGCACUCUUUCGCACGACACUCUUUCUCUCUCUCGCACGACACUUUCUCUCUCUCUCUCACGGCACUCUCUCGCACGACACUCUCACAGCACUCUCUCUCUCUCUCUCUCUCACUGACUCUUAGAGCAGCUAAUGGCGAACCAAAUGUAACAGUUCCAUUCUCUGUUACAUGGGAAACACAAGUUUAUCGUGGCCAUAAGCUAAAACGCUGCUUAUCUACUCUCGCCCACCCUCUAGAAAGCUUCCUCUCUCUCUCUCUUUCUCUUCCUCUCUCUCUCUCUUUCUCUUCCUCCUCUCUCUCUUUAUCUUCCUCUCUCUCUCUUCCUCCUCUCUCUCACUUUCUCUCUCUCUUUCGCUUCCUCUCUCUCUCUUUCGCUUCCUCUCUCUCUCUCUCGCUUCCUCUCUCUCUCUCUCGCUUCCUCUCUCUCUCUCUUCCUCUCUCUCUCUCUCUCUUCCUCUCUCUCUAUAUAUAA